CAUUGAUCGCUAUAUAAAAACAAGCAUAUGGAUUUGGCUCUGCAGUGGUUCCUAUAUCGCUCUACAGGAUGUACGAACUCAUAUUACUGCUGGCGUUGGCGGUGAUCGGCGCCAACGGUGAUGCGAACAACCCAAUAAUUAAAACCACCGGAGGAGAAAUACAGGGUAUAACAUCUAGUUGCGGGGCUUUCUGUAGUUACUUCUCAUUUAUGGGAAUUCCUUAUGCUGAGCCUCCGGUAGGUGAGCUACGUUUCCGUAAUCCAGUGAAGCACAGCGGUUGGGAAGGUGUGAAAGAUGGCAGUGAACAUCGAGCUUCGUGUCCUUCGGGAUCAUCAUUUGGUGAUGGAUAUGCUGGAAACGAGGACUGUUUGUUCCUGAACGUGUACACACAAAACAUCAUAGGAUCGCGACCGGUUCUGGUAUGGAUUCAUGGUGGAUCGUUUACUGGAGGUUCCGGAGACUCGUGGGUUUACGGGCCUGAUCAUUUGGUAACGGAAAAUGUAGUAAUUGUUACCAUCAACUAUCGUCUAGGAAUUCUGGGUUUCUUCAGUACUGGAGAUUCGCAUGCACAGGGCAAUUGGGGUAUGAAGGAUUGCGUGGAAGCGCUUCGAUGGGUUCGUGAUAAUAUUGCUGCCUUCGGAGGUGACCCGAACAACGUGACCAUCUUCGGGGAGAGUGCCGGUGGAGCUGCUGUACACUAUUUGGUGUUGUCUUCGAAGGCCACCGGAUUGUUCCAUCGUGCAAUUGCUCAAUCUGGAACUGCCUUGGUACCAUGGGGAUUCCAGUACAAUCCACGUGAAAUGGCUCUUAGAGUUGCCAAUGCUUUCGGUUAUCCAACUAAUGAUAACGAAGAUUUGCUACGUCGUUUACGUCUUACGCCCAAGGGAGAUUUUGUCAGACUACAAGAAGGAUGGACCGACAUUCCCAUCCCACGUGGAUUUAGACCAUUUGAGUUUGUUCCAACAGCUGAACCUGCCGACUCUCCCGAAGAGACCUUUUUAACGCAGAGACCCAUUGAUAUACUUAAGGCUGGUACCUUCAAUAAGGUUCCAAUCAUAAUUGGUUACAACGAUGCCGAAUCAUUGUUUAUGGUUCUCGAGCACACGAUUGACUCUACCGUCUGGAAUGAAUUCACAAGAAAUCCUCAAUUCUUUGUACCACAUUUCUGGAACAUACCCGUUGGUACAGAUGCGUCUACUGCCGUCAGCCAGGGUAUUCGCCAAUUCUACUGGGAAGAUAAGCCUCUGGGACCAGACAUAAUGCUGGAAUGGACGAAGUUCCACACGGAUCAGCAAUUUAUCUACGCCAUUGAUAAAACUGUUCGAUUGACUGCUCAGCACAAUACUUUUCCAACAUACUACUAUCAGUUUAGUUUCGACGGCGCUCUUAACCAUGUAAAGCGAUUAUUACGGUUGAAUGAUUAUCCUGGUGCCGUUCAUGCCGAUGAGCUACCGUACAUGUGGUCUAUGACAAACUUCCCGGUUACACCGAUCUUGCCAGGAAAUCCCGCACUUGCAGUUCGGAACAGGAUGGUUCGAAUGUGGGCCAACUUUGCUGAACACGGAAAUCCAACGCCAACCUCUGAAUCGGACCUACAGAACAUUAACUGGCCUCCGGUACAAAAUGGAAACAUGGCAUACUUGGAAAUCAACGAGGACUUGGUACCUGGUACCAAUCCAAACCAGGCCCGCAUGGAUACCUGGAACAGAUUGGAAACGAACUACGCAAACAACCCGUUCGAGUUUCCCAUGUCUUAGGAAUAGAUUGAAUGUUUACAUGUUUCAGGAAAAGUUUGGCGAAUUAUGGAUUAAUUAUUGAUUAAUUAUAGUUUACUGCGUUUUUGGUUACCGAAUCAAAAGAU